AACCCAGGUACUUUUCUUGGCGGGGACGUGCUGUUUUGACGCUGGGCGGCAGUGUUGCGCUUGGUCCUUCGACGGUAAAAGGCGAGAAAAGUGUUGAUGCACUAUCAACAAGGUUGUAUACUCAUGCGAGAGACUAAAGAAGAUAUCUGACGCAAGUAAUCCCACCGUUUGUCCGCAAAAGCGGCCUAAUUUUGCCUAUCCCAAUGUUCUCCCGUCCGUCGCGCGGUAAGUAAGCGGUGAAUUUUCUCUCGCAUGAAGAAUACAAUUGAUUAGCCUACUUCCUUUUUUUGCAUGUCGAAUUCAUUCCUUAAUCUCGACUCUAAACCCACCGCCUAACGGCACAUGUUAAAAACGUAAUAAAAUUCAUAUUAAAUACAAGUGGGCGUGGCCAAUUGGGUCCUGUGAUUAAGAAUGAUAUGAAGUUGUUGCAUGCAAAGUUUAAUAUUCAGAGAGGUUUGUCCUUGAGUUUUAUGACAAAAUUCCUGCAUCGUGGUCUUCAGGUGUGUACCCAGGCCUUAAUGCACUAGAGUUUGUGUAUUCCUGCUAAAAGUAUAUGGCGACUUUGGCGACUUGUGUGCACAUUCUCUGUGGUUUUGGCAACAAGUAUAAACUGAAACUUGGGAAACUGAAACUAAACUGUUUGCGGCAUGCAAUAUAAGUCGGUGAUUUGCAUGCAACUGAGCACAGCACGCGUGGAGAAGUUAAAGAUGCAGUGGGGAUUUGGUGUCCUUUUGCUGGUGUCUAUUUUCCCUCUCAUCUCUCUAACCUUGUCUGGUGAGGGCUCAGGAUCAGCAGAAAAGACGCCAGACAUUGGUGACAUGAGAUUGAUGGGUGGUAGGAACGAGAGGGAGGGAAGGGUGGAAAUAUUCUUAGAUGGAGAGUGGGGAACCAUUUGCGGAGACCUUUGGAAAGACACUCAAACGAUAGUUGUUUGCAGGCAGUUGAACUUUUUUGAAGAAGACCAAAUGGUGCUAACUGUUGCACACAACCCUGAGUUUUUCUCUGGAGAGAGUACAGGGCCCGUUCACAUGGACUCUGUACUGUGCAAUGGAGAUGAACCAAUGCUAGUGAACUGUAUCUACUCUGUCCAAAGCGACUGUUCACACUCCAAGGAUAUUGGCAUUGUUUGCCCUGGGAAUUGCACCUACGGGGCAGUACGUUUGGUGGGUGGCAGAGAUAACUCUGAAGGGAGAGUUGAGGUGUGUACAGGAGGGCUGUGGGGAACUGUAUGCGACAACCACUGGGAGACACUAGAAGCUAGAGUUGUGUGUAAGCAACUGGGCCUAAAAGUUACAGGAACACGGCCAAUAGGGGUUGGAGCUGCGUAUUUUCGGUGCCGGAAGAGACCCGAUUCUGAUGGAUGCUGUCCACUGUAAAGGCACAGAGAUGAAUCUAACACAGUGUACACACGAAUCAGAGAACAGUUGUACACAUUCUGAAGAUGUGGGCGUCAUUUGUCAGAGAGGCAAGGAUAACUGUACUGACAAUGAGAUACGACUAGUAGGUGGCUCAGACGAGAGAGUGGGCGUGGUUCAAGUGUGCUACAAUGGAGUUUGGGGUGCCAUCUGUGAUGACUUUGAACUCUCAGAGGACUACGGUCUAAAUAGGUGGCUCAUACAUAUCGAUGAAUUGGCUGAGGUGAUUUGCAGGCAGCUCGGAUUUUUGAGACCAAAUAAAUCUGCUGUAGUAGUAAGGGGCCACCCUCUAGCCACAUCUAAAGGUGCGUCUGAAGUACCCAUGCUGCUGCAAUACACCUACCUACACUGUAAGGGCAACGAAGCGACCCUGAAAGAUUGCAGAGGAUCGGUUUUUGGAGAACAUUCGUGCAGUGAACCUAACGGAGCAGUCAUUGCAUGCCCAGGAGACUGUACUGAAGGUGAUGUUCGACUGGUGGCUGGUAGGGACUCAAGAGAAGGUAUAGUAGAGGUUUGUGUGGUGGGCCACUGGAUCUCUAUCUGUCGUGACCAAUGGAGCAACAGAGAAGCUGAAGUAGUGUGUCGACAACUAAACUACGCCACAUCAACUUCGGUGGCAGUGGAUGGACACUACUUUGACCGUCCAGUGAAAUCUCCGCUCCUACACUACAUCUGUAGCAGCAAUGAAGAUCGUAUAUAUGAGUGCCACUAUAUAGUUGACCAGUGUGACCCUAUCGAUAGUGCAGGAGUCAUUUGCGAAGUUGACUGUGACGAUGAAAAAACACGAAUGCUACUGGAAGACAACGAUAUUGGCGGCAUGUGCAAGGAGCCAGCACUCCAGCAAGCGUCUUCUUCUUCACCUCUUGGGGCAGUACUAGCUGGCACAAUAACACCAUUGGUGCUAGCUAUAAUCCUUCUUGUGGUCAUUGUAAUUGCUCUGUUUUUGAAAUUUAGGUCUAGCUCAAAACAUAUGCUGAAAGAUGACUGGCGUACGAGCUCUUUCCAGGGCAGUAACAACACCAGCAAAACAGACCUAACCCCAGCCGCAUUUGAACUCUUAAGCCCGAGGAAACAUUUGAUGCAGAAAAGCUUCCCAAACCCAGCGCAAAACCAGCUCUCACUCCCCGACACAAAGAACCCAGAACCGAGCCUCCCCCAUCUCUACGAGAGCGUGAGAGGGCAGAAGCGCUGGCUGACCAGCCCCCAUGGCAGCGACCUGAACAUCCUUGAGGAAGAUGAGAGGGGUGCAGCCGCCGCUAACUGCAACGACACAACCGCCUUCAACGGCACUGGGAUCAAUACACCCCAUGCUUACGCCAUUUUGGAGCCCGAUGAAGGCGUAAGGUGUGAGACGGCUGACUCCCUACCAUCCCUGCUGGCUCCGAGCAGUCUCGAUCAAGACGGUAGUGCCGACGAGAGCGCUGUUUCCAGUGCAGCUGCAGUUCUCAAUUUCGAGACAGAUGCUCCGCCGCUGCCUCCAAAAAUGGACGCAGAAGAGCUUCGAAGCACGGAAGACAAGAAACUGAAAAAAGAAAGAAGUUUUGCCAAUUGGCCCAUCGAAAAGUCAAUGUAUGACAGCCUGGAGCCUAGACCAGGUGAUUCAAUGCAAAAGCAACUCUCACUGCAAGAGGAGAGGCUAACUCUCUCUCUCAAACCAACCACAAAGAAGACUAAAAGCAGUGGCCCACAGCUGAAAAAACUUUACUCUGAAUAAAAUGCAGUAGCUACACCAGAGGACUGGUAAAAACCUUUGACACUAUAAGCUUACUUCCCUACUCCCUUCCACAAUUUCAGAUUUUUUGCACCACCUUCACACGUUUGACUAAAAACUGUAACUGAGACUGAGAUACGUAUGUAUAACAAUUGUGGGUAAAAAUGCAAGACCACAAGUGUUUUGUAUCAACAUUUCCCACUGUCAUCGGUAGAAUCGAGUAGUGC